AUAUCUUCUUGAGACUCCGACGCCCUUCGAUGCCUUCUGUCAUCUGUCAAAUGAACGUUGACAGUUGAGAAGCAUAGGUUUCAACUGUUCUCCUGCCCAGGCUCAAAAGAUCAGCCAACGAUGAUUCCCCUUCAUUCAACGAUAUGCCUACCUAUCCCAAGCUCGUUACAUUUGAGGUCGAUGAUGUGAUCUGGUCCCCACCCCUCGACGACAAGAAAUUCGGUAACGAAGGAUGGGUCCGAGGCGAUAUUCGAGAGAACUUUGAAUUGGUAAACCCUCGCUUGUUGAGGGAUGUAAUGAACCACGCGAACCAGAUAUGGAUGUCCAAUGACAUUCCGAAGAUCAUCCACGACCUCCUCUUGAACAACGUCCCGAUCGCCAUUGCCUCUCGAAAUGCCAACAAAGAUUUGUGCGACAGGGCCCUCUGGCAUUUCAAAGCUCAAAAUGCAAACAACGAGUGGAAACCUAUCAUUGAAUAUGUUAUUUACGAUGAGGUCUUCUCAGCGCGAAAAGCGGUACAUUUUAACAACAUCCACGGUUAUGCCGGGGGGAGUAUAGCCUAUUCGGACAUGUUGUUCUUCGACACGCCGUUCAGCAGAGACGACGUGUAUCGAGACCUCGGAAUUACAACCUACCUACCCAGCGACCUCAACAAUGGUCUUUCCUGGAUCGAUUACAGCGCAGGCCUUGACUUGUGGAGGAGAAAUACUGGCAAUUAGGCAAUUAAACUGACUGCCAAUGUAGGUCGGGCCCACCGAUGAAUAAUUAUGCGCCCAGGGAAUGAACCGAGUCUUCCGAAGCCGGACGAGCAUGCUGUUAUGGUGGAUAUCAAUCAAUCAAUUCAACAGACAGUGAAAGAAGUCAUUACAAAGUUGAGCCAUGUUACGAGGAUAAAUGAGCGAGAGAGAAAGCAGCCAAUACAGUAAGGGAUACGGC